AUGACUGGUCCUGCAAUGGAAAGCAAAAGGGGGGGGGGGGUGGGGGGGGGGGGGGGGGGGGGGGGGGGGGGGGGGGGGGGCGGGGCGGGGUGGGGGGGGGGGUUGGGGGGGGGGGGGCGGGGGGGGGGGGGGGGGGGGCGGCGCGGGGAAGUGACACUGGUGUACUGUACAGCCACCAUCAACAACAAGGGGCCAUUUGGUCGUUCACUGGGGGAAAGUUGUGCAUGA